AUGAUGAUGUGGAAGCCGAGCUUGUUUGACGACUCGGACGGCGAAGUCACUCCAGUGUGCAGCGACGAGUCCUCGCCUUACCUCCUUGAUGACCUGGACGUCUUUGAAUCAUGCCUGAGCAGCAUGAGCAGCAUAGACAGCGGAAAAGGGAAUCCCGUUACGCCUCUCACUCCUGUUACUGUCAAGUCGUCAUUCGACGUCAAUGAAACCCUGGUUGAUGGCGUAGGCUCGAUUGGAGAUCUCAUCCAUCAUCGUGGGGGAGGGAACAGCUCGAACCUCACUGAUACUGAUGAUGAUGAAUAUUUCACCUCAAGCUCUUCGCCUUCGAGAACGCCGUUAAAAGCUCAGCCAUGGGAUGGGUGUAUCUCUUGGAAACACACGUCAAUGAAAAAAAGCAAUGGUAAAUGUGAAGGGAGCCCAUUCUUAUCCCGGCCUGGCCACAGUUCGGACUUCCUGACACAUGGGCUCGUAUACGUUCCGCGAAUUGAUGAUAGGGAUGCAUACCGAACUGUUUAUCUCACCCAUCUCCCUCUUGACGUGGAUAUGAAAACUCUUCUGUCUGCCAUCCGAGGAGGGAUAGUGUACUCAGCCCAUAUCAUGAACAUGGAAGAGGCUGCAGGGUAUCACAUGGGAGUUGUUACCUUUGUUCGAGGCCAGGAUGCCGCAGCCUACGUCAACUUUGCCGCCAUGCACGGCGUAUACUUCAAUGACGACAGGGUCAAUGUCAGCCUUUCUAAGACGCCAACGUACCCAAUAUCCAAAAUGAUGCAGCAGAACAUUUUCGACCAGCUCUACACUCGUUGCCUGGUUAUUUGCGGGGACCGGGACCCAAGACGCUACACAUAUAUUGCAUGGCACCUAAAGGCCAAGAUGCCAACUGAUUUUGGAAUGGGGGAUAGGAUGACUGAGAACAAUGCGGAAACGGAAAUUAAUAUCCGCUUUAGCUCAAUCAGGGCGGCCGAUUGUGCGUAUGAGAUUCUUCGUGGACUGCUGAGGGACUGUACCAAUAGGUUUGCUCUGGAUCCUUGUGCCCAGCCUCUUCCGAGCGUUGAAGGAGAGAAGAAGGCAAAGGAGUUUGUGCCUACUAUAGAAUUGGCCUGCAGUGGUCCUUGGAUGUGA